UGUCUUCGGGGGUGCAGCUGGACGAGGUGCGCGCGCGUUGCACCCCCGCGCCCCCUCGGCCGGGGCGGCUGCAGGGAGGCAGGCAGGCAGGGGCGGGCGAGCUGCGGCAGUCGGCGCGUGAGCACCCCAGCAGCAAGCCCGAGGGAUGACGCCCGUGAGCUGGUGGCCGCGUCCGCCGCCCCUUCGCCUCCUGGGGGCUGGACUGGCCGCCCCCUGGGCUCUUGGCGUCCUCGUCGUCGGCGGCCACGUGGCCAGCGGCGUCAGCGGCCCGUGCAGUGUGGCCGCCCUCCUCAUCGCCGCCACCGCCGCACUCCUCGCCGCACUUUGCCACUCGGAAGUAUUUGUGAAGCGACACGCGUCUCUGUACGAAGCUUCCAGACAGGUGCUGGGCGUCCGAGCUGCCCUUGCCGUCGGCUGGGCGGCCGCCACGUGGCGCGUGGCUGCCUUGGCCGCGUGUGCCCGUAGUCUGGGCGCCACGAUCGACUACAUCUCGGGCGGACACUUUCGAGCGUUGACCAAACACGCAAUGCUGCGGAUCUUUCCGCUGCUCCACCGAAUCGAACCCGACCCAUUGGCCGCCGGCGCAGCCUGUCUCACCACCUUGCUCUUUGUUCUCGGACUUGAGCGAUCGCGGAUUCUGCGUCUGCUGCUGAAUGCGAGCGUCGCAUUGGCGGUGCUUUUCUUCAUCGUAAUCGGCGCCACGCAUUGCGAGCCCGAAACCUGGGGCACCCACGUCUUCCUACCAGCCGGCGCUCGAGGGUUGUUCAUCGGUGCGGCCAUGUGUUCCGUCGGCUUCUUGGGUGUCAAUUCUGUGCGUGCAGAAGCGGCCCGAACUUGGGCCCGUGGUGAUCGUGGCCCUUCGUUGGCCACGCAGCUGCUGGCCUGCGUUGCCUGCAUCAUCGCGUGUCUUGCUUCUUAUCUUGCGGUCACCGUUGUUCUCACCAUGAUGGUUCACUUCAGGUCUCUGAGUCCAGAAUCUCCCUCUUUGGUGCAAGCAUUUGAGGUGCGUGACGUCGACUGGGCUCGGCUGGUGAUGUCAGUGUUGGGCAUUUCAGGACUGUCCUUCGCCCUCGUGGAGUUAGCGCAUCCCCUGCACAGCCAGGUGCGCGCCCUGGCCGCCGACGGCCUCCUACCGCGCCACUUGGCACGCGACCUGCCCAUCACGGGCACCCCAGCCGCGGCCAUAGUCACCUGCGGUGCCGUCACUGCCGCCCUGGGCCUCGCGGCGCCACUCAGGGUGCUCCUCCACAUCGCCGCCCUGGCUGCGCUUACCAUCAACCUGACCCUGUCGACCGCCUGCCUCUGGAUUCGCUACCGCAGCCUCCACAAUCCGGACCAACGCAUUUUACAGGGCAUCCCAACCUUAAGCGGAGGGUUAACUGUGCGUGGCUUUAAAGCCAAAUUGGGCUCCCUGCCAGUUGUGGUGCAGUUAACAGGACAUGGCCACCGCUGGGGAGGUCGUACCACCGAUGAGGCACAGCCUCUGAUGACCCUCAGUGCUGACGAUGAAGUGAACACAGAUGUUGGAAUUGAGUCGGAGAGUUCUGAACUUUCUGGCUAUGAAACAGACAGCAGCGCGAGCACUGAUAUUGACGCCGCUGUGGCCCAGUUCAAAGAGCAGCUGCAGGUGGCCACCGUGACCGUCCCAGAGACCCCGGUGUCCAUAGAGCCGGACGCCACCAGUUCGAAACGGGCGCGCCUCGCCCUGCUGGCAGCUUUCGUUACCACAACCUUUGUCUGCAGCACUUUUCUUGUGGGAGUGGAAAAGCAUUCAGCGGGUGCGUUGGUUAUUUCUGGCCUGGCCCUGGUUGCCGUAUUUGGGCUGAUGCUGGUUGUGGCCAAGCUGCCGCGAGUCCGAUCCACGGAGGGCAACUUCGAGGUGCCCUUCGGCCCUUGGAUUCCCGCCCUGUCCGUGGUGCUGCAUGUCCUCUUGUUGGUGCAGCUCCUAGCUGCGGCGUGGCUGGCUUGCCUGGUGCUAAUCGUCUCAGGUGCUUUGGCGAUUUACGUGCGCGAGUGGCGCAUCACGCGUCGCAUGGGGGUGGCGUCACGGCGCCGCGGCGAGCGAAUUCACAUGCAAGCGGCGCCGCCUCCCCACUCGAUGGUGCCGACGCUUGUGCCGAGUCACCGUCGCUUGGCGCCGCACUCACAGCGCCGCUUCACCACCGUGGAUACAAUUGUGAUCAGCCGGUGACCCUCGCUCACCCUCGACCCUGACGACGUCUAAAAACCACCCUUGAAAGUGAGAAUGAGGGAGGGCGAAAGUAAAUUAGUUGAAAAACGAGCGCACACACGCAACACCAAAAAUCGUAGAUGGAGAGGAAAACUUGUAUAAACUACUUGAGGUAAUUCAUUUUAAAUGUUUGAAAAACUCUGAACGAUAAAAUGAGAAUAAUAUGGGGAGUGAAAUAAAAUGGACGGAUUUCAGAGAAACAUUUAUUAUGCAAAAUUGAUGGAGUUUCAAUUUUAGAAAAUUAUCAUGAAGAUUUUUAACUGAGAUAAUAAUUAGGGUUAAUAAUAAAAGGUCCCAAAAUACUCUUGGAAAAAAUUGAAAAGUGAAGAUUCAAAAAUUGUUUUGGGACUAUGCAGGGAAAAUUGAUGAUUGAAGAUGAAUUUUGAAUUGUUGUCUUCCUCCGACGAAAAUUACCGCUCACUUAAAUGCGAAAAUUUUCCUCAGCGCGGAACUGAUAAAGAGAAAUGUAUGCAUCGUAAGAGCGAUAUCAGGCGAAGUCAAUAUCAAGUCAUGACGGCGCUCCGUCAUGGAAAUCAAUAAUUUAUCUCAGAAUAGAAGCAAUCAAUAUCAAGAGAAACCUAUACAAAUCGGCCGUAAAAAUAAUAUGCCACUUUGAAAUGGCUUUUAAGUGUAAAACUGUCUUUGAAUAAUCAAAAUAAGCGCCGCAAGGAAAAAAAAAGAUGGUAUAAAAUUUAAAUUAUAAAUUGUCAGCGUAUAAUAUACGCAGUAUUUUGGUUGUAGUGGCAGGCAAUAAUUAUUUGAAGAAUUUCGGCAAAUGAACUGUAUAAAAAAUAUGUAAUCAAUCAGGGUUAAAAGGGAGACUUUAAUUUUAUUGACUGCUUCUUCCAUUUUAACUUUUAAUGAUCGAGUAGAUAGCAAAUCAUAGUUAUAAUUUGUCAUAGGUUUUUAAUAAAAUGUGAACAAUCAUCUAUAAUUAAAUGGCACACUUGCUUACACUAUAAUGUGGAAAGAGUACUCUUUACCGUCCUCAAUUUCAAAUAUAUUGACGAGCUCAUUAAAUUUUAAUGUCAUCAAAGAUCUCACUUCUUCUUACUCUGAUAUUAAAUAAAAUUGAAAUUAUUUUAACCUUUUUUUGUCGCUGGUUUUUAAUUUUGAUUGUGUUUUGACAACACUGCGAGACAAUUCAAGGUGGUUAGUUGAGUACAAGUUUAUGUGUACUGGAGGUAAAUAGGUAAACUGCCGUUUAUAAAUGCAUACACACACAUUACACAUGAAAUAUAUAUUAUGUAUCGAUGGUAUUUUAUAUCACAUAAUAUUAUGUCUAAUAAAUAUAUCUAUCGAAUUUUAAUUGUUAACCGUCCGUUGCAUUGGUGAGAAAAACUGACAAAGCAGUGAAGCAGAUAUAAGCAAGAAUAAUUGUUAAUUAUAUAAUUGUUUGAAACAAAUAACACGACGUGAGUGCUAUACUGAAAGUGCUUUAUACAGAGAAAGAAAAUCCGUGACAAAUAAGAGAGGUUAAAUUUAAGAGGAAAAAUAAUAAUUAACAAUGCGUAGAAAAAACUACCAAAAAUCAAAGUUUUACUGCUGUUUGAACAUGUAAAAGAGUGUAAAAGUUGUAUUUGAUAUGUAGCUUGAGGUGUCCACUAAU